ACCAAUAUGGCGUCGUGCUGAGACUGUAGAUCAGCAACAAAACAGAAAAGUCGGUCAGCUACACGGUACGGUUCGAGGCUCUCCGCUGUAAUUUGAAGAUGUUCACACCGGAGGUAAGGUAAAGAUAACACCUGAAACGUCUAGACCAGUCAAGAAGUCCCCAACACCGCCUUGUGAUCAACUUUGAGGACGCGACUGUCUACGCUGUGCAUUUUCCAGCAGUGAUGUCACGAACAGAUGCUUCUUCAGACACCACACCCUUUUUCUCAGAUGAUAAUGAGGGGGAGGAUCCUGUUGACAUCAAGGUGGGGCCAUCUCAUCCUGAGGAAGAAGAAUCUGCUAGUGGAGUGUCUAAUAGAAGAGCUAUUUUGACAGUGAUUGUCCUCUGCUACAUCAACCUGCUAAACUAUAUGGACAGAUUCACUGUGGCAGGUGUACUCCCAGACAUUGAGCAUUUCUUCAACAUUAGUGAUGGCAAAUCAGGGCUUCUUCAGACAGUCUUCAUCUGCAGUUACAUGUUUCUGGCUCCUCUGUUUGGUUACCUGGGCGACCGAUAUAACAGGAAGGUGAUCAUGUGUGUGGGUAUUUCCUUCUGGUGUAUAGUGACACUUUCCAGCUCCUACGUUGGUAAAGAUUAUUUUUGGGCAUUGUUGUUGACGCGGGGGCUGGUGGGUGUCGGAGAGGCCAGCUACUCCACAAUUGCUCCCACCAUCAUCGCUGAUAUGUUCAUCAAGGAGAAGAGGACCAACAUGCUGUCGAUCUUUUACUUUGCCAUUCCAGUGGGCAGUGGUCUGGGUUAUAUAGUGGGCUCAAAGGUGGAUGAUGUGGCUGGAGACUGGCACUGGGCACUUCGGGUGACCCCUGGUCUGGGGCUUCUGGCAGUAGUUCUCUUGGUGUUUGUGGUUCAGGAGCCGAAGCGUGGUGCAGUCGAAGCUCAUCCAGAGCACAUGCUGCAAAGAACCAGCUGGCUGGUGGACAUGAAAGCACUCUGCAGGAAUCCUAGUUUUGUUCUGUCCACGUUUGGCUUCACGGCUGUGGCCUUUGUGACCGGAUCUCUGGCUCUGUGGGCCCCCGCCUUUUUAUUUAGAGCAGGCGUCUUCAUUGGAGAAAAACAGCCAUGCUUAAAGAACCCAUGUGACACCUCUGACAGUCUGAUUUUUGGUGGCAUCACAGUUGUAAGUGGUAUCCUGGGUGUAGCAGGUGGAGUGCAGGCCAGCAAGUUGCUGAGGACGAGAACCGCACGAGCUGAUCCUCUGGUCUGUGCUGCAGGACUCCUCCUUGCUGCUCCCUUUCUCUAUCUGUCCAUUAUGUUUGCUCAGGCUAGCACUGCAGCCACAUACGUCUUUAUCUUCUUUGGUGAAACAUUCUUGUCCAUGAAUUGGGCGAUUGUAGCAGACAUCCUUCUAUAUGUUGUGAUCCCCACACGGCGCUCCACAGCAGAGGCCUUUCAGAUUGUGCUCUCACACCUGCUGGGUGAUGCCAUUAGCCCCUAUCUCAUUGGAGUUGUUUCUGACUCCCUAAAGAAGUCAGACUCGUAUAUGUGGGAAUUUCGCUCUCUUCAGAUGUCACUCCUGCUGUGCUCGUUCGUGGCCGUGGGUGGUGGAGCUUUCUUCCUGGCUACGGCCCUCUUCAUCGAGCAAGACCGAAAUCUGGCUGAAAACUAUGUGCCCUCUAAUGAUGCACCAAUCAUUGUUCCAAAGAGGGGCAGAUCCACUAAAGUAUCAGUGUCAAGCGUUUUAAUUUGAGACAACGGAAGGAUUUGGCUGGUUCUCAGGACUGGGCACAAUGGUCUGAUUGGCUUAGGCAGACCGCACUAGAGCUGCCAACAUCCAAUUCUGGAGCGGUGUCAGAUAAUAAUCACUGCUUGGACUAUCUCCAUAAUAAUGAGUUUUAUAGUAAUUUAUUAUGAAUUGUUUUUAUAUCCUUAACAUCAAUAUUGAUUUGGGAACAUGUCAAACUAACAGAAAUUCAAGAAAUAUCUUUCCUGGAAGUUCUGCGGUCAUUAUUCACACUCCCUUUCCCCUGGAGGAGACCAAUGGGAGGAGAGCAAGGCACGCAAAAAAUGCAUGUUGGAGAAAUGAGAAGUUGAAAGUGGUUAUAUGUUGGAGUCAGAAUUAUUUACAUUCGUUUGAGAUGCAUACAGCUGUGUUUUAGAUUUCAAGCCAUGUAAGCCACAUUGCUGUCUGUUGGUUCAAAGUGAGACAGGUCAACUGAAACUGAUAAAGAUUAUUUUUAAUCGGACAAACCAAAGGCACAGUCCAGUUUUGGGGCCGAUUUAAAAUGCAUUCAGAAAUUUGACAAUGAAACCGAUUCAGACUAAACUUGAGCAAUGAUCUGUGAGUCCAUGAUCUGACUCAACAACCUUAGUUUUUCAUCCUCCCUUAUAUCUUCCAUACACUGAAUCAUCCACUAAUGCUGCCAUGAUUCAAAUAUUAGAUUCAUUUUAUAAUGAUAAUUGUUGUAGUAAUUUAUUUAUAUAUAUUCUGUAGUUCUAUAUAUAUAUAUAUAUAUAUAUAUAUAUAUAUAUAUAU